AUGCCCCUCGAUACCUCUACAACCUACCGUCUCACCCGACUCCGUCUCGAUGGCCGAAGAUGGAACGAGCUUCGGCUUGUCCAAGCUCAAAUCUCCACGAACCCAGCUAGCUCCGGUUCUUCAUAUCUCGCAAUGGGGAACACCGUCGUGGUAUGCAAUGUCCACGGUCCCGCCGAGGGAAAGCGAUCUGAAACUGCAGGUGGAGGGGGAGGAGCUGUGGUCUCAGUGGUUGUAAACAUAGCCGGGUUCGCGGGUGUUGACAGGAAGAAGAAAAGCAUGAUGGCUGGCGGUGGAGGAGGAGGAGGUGGUGGAGGCGAUAGACAAGCUACGACUGAACUCUCGUCCGCUCUGCGCGACGCUUUCCAACCACACCUGCAUACUCACAUAUACCCUCACAGCACGAUAUCAGUUCAUGUCUCGGUGCUCUCUUCUGACGGCUCCAUAUUUGCUGCUUGCAUAAACGCCUGUACCCUUGCCCUAGUGGACGCCGGCAUCCCCAUGCCAGGCCUCCUCUGCGCGUGCACAGUAGGCAUGAGUGGCCGUGCCUCUACUCCCGCCGCGGAACUCGCCCAGUCGCGAGUAGGCGGAAUAAACGAAAGCUUGGAUCCGCUGCUCGAUCUAUCUCGCCCCGAAGAACUAGAGUUGCCGCACAUGACGGUCGCAAACACGAAUCCAGUUGCGGGUGCUUCAGAAGAGGGCGAAGAGGAGGAGCAGAUGCUUUCUAUCGUGCGGAUGGAGUCUGGCGUCCAUAUAUCGUAUUUGGAGACCGUGUUUGCGGUGGGAAUUGACGGGUGUAAGCAGGUGAGAGAGAUAUUAAAUGGGGUUUUGAAGAGCGCAGGCAGGAGGGUUCUUGAGGGAGAAACAGGCUAUCAGGCCGGUAUGGAUAUGGAACCGUGAAGAGUGGGGUGAGAUUCGUGAGGAAGCAACGUAAUUACGAUCGAUCCACGCCCCUUGAUGUGAUACAGACGCUGUCGAGUGGGGUGGGAGAGAAGAAAAAGAUCUUUUUGUUGCCCAAUGGGAUAUGAAGGCGCCGGGACCAUUUGCCCUUCUUGACAAGCCUAGGGAAAACUCCUCCCCCGCUUCAGGCGAUCCCCACAGCUUCCGCCACUUUUUGAACGAUAGUCGGAUAACUGCCCAUUUCCGUGUCCCCUACUUGGUGCUACCCGAGUGGGGGGCGACUGGCAUCACUGUUGCUAUCGACAGGUGCAGAAAUAUCGGCCCAUCGUGGCAUAUAGCCCUGAAUAUUUUAUGGCUUAUGGCUCAUCGGGUCGUUUUCUUGUCGAUGAUCACAUGCGAUAGAGGAACGAGUGGGGAAUUUUAUUUUCAACCAGCGCGGAAUUGGGAGGGGAUUCACAAGGUAUUCGACCGUCCCAAGGGUCAGAAGUCAUCCAUCACAGGCCUAGUCGAUAUCAAGCGGUGGUGCCACCUGCCCAGCAUGGCGAGGGAACCAUAUAGCCCAUGGGUAAUGCUAUAGAAAUCUAAACAUCAAAUCC